AUGGACGAAGCAUUUUAUUAUAAAGAAAAAUCGAGAUUUGACGAACUAUUGAAUCAACUCAAUUGGACAGAAGAGCACCUACUUCAAGAAGCAAACGAUAUCGUUCAGUGUCCAUUAGACUGUAGACAUCGGUUUCCAGUUCGAUCGAAACAUUUAGAAACUUGUCAAUUGGUUAAAGACGGUUUUUCGAAAGAUUAUUCAAAAGAAUCAAUUGAAUACCGACGAGAAAAACAGUUAUUACAACAAUCGGAUAUUUCCGUUACGCCUUCGACACUGAGUAAUAUUCUUCACCGAUCUUUACCCAUCAAAACCGAUCUGCCUUUGAAUGUUGAACAAACAACGAUUCUGUUAACACCAAACGAACGACUUUCUCUUGUACAAUUUGUUCAUAAGGAAGCUUUACGUUUAAAAAUUGUACCGGAUCCACCCUCAUCGGUCAUGGAAAAUCGUUCUAACCAAUCGUCGGAGUCAAAUUCUUCACAGUUGUCAAACAAAUCAGCACAAUUACGUGAUGAAAAACGACGCCGAGCAAAAUAUGUUAAUCGAACAAGAAGAAAGACAUUUUACGACAAUGCUCGCGAAAUGAUUUCUAGUCAAAUGGAAUUACUUUAUAAACAUGGAGAAAAACGAUCAAAAUAUAAACAUCGAUCACCCUCUUCAUCAUCAUCAUCGAAGAAGAAACAUCAUCGGCAUUCAAAAAAACGGCGAACGACUCCAGAUUGA